UCCUGCCCACACUCACUCUCUCUCACACACACACAUUGUACACAGGACUUGGAGCUCCAGAAGAAACCCAAAGCAUUAAACGACUGCAGAGGUAACUGAAUAUAUCAGUUAAAUUGUAGUUUUCUAGACUUUGGGGCUGCGCAGUGUUCAUGAAGAGCGUCAAGCUAGACAGAGAUACUGAAAAACACCGGAAGUACGGAUGGACUUUCAAGCUUCAGAGAUGAGUGGCAGGACUCAGGCAGACCUGACGAAAGAGGAGGGAGUGGGAGAGGAGGAGGAAGAGGAGGAUGAAGAAGAAGAGACAGUCAACUCGACUGAGGUGAAGAUGAGUCAGAUUGUAAUGCCCUGCCACAGCAACCAUCGGCAAGAGCUCAGCGUGGGACAGCUGCUCAAAUGGAUUGACUGCACUGCUUGCCUCUCUGCGGAGAGGCAUGCUGGGUAUCCCUGUGUCACAGCCUCUAUGGAUGACAUCCACUUUGGACGCACCAUCAGGGUGGGUCAGGUGGUGAAUAUCAAGGCAAAGGUCAACAGAGCCUUCAACUCCAGUAUGGAGGUGGGCAUAGUGGUGAGCUGUGAGGACUUGUUCUCUGAUCGCCGCUGGAGGGUUUGUCGUGCCUACGCCACCUUUGUCACCCAGCGCACAAAGACCGGAAACAAGGUGCUGCUGAAGCCCAUCACAGCUCACACUCAGCAAGAGCAGGUUGAAUACAGUGUGGCGGCCGAGAGACGGAGGAUGAGGAUGAUACACGAUGACAUCAUCAAGGAUCUGCUCUCGGCUACUUCCUUCCAGCAGUCUGACAGCUUGGCUGUAGACAAUGCAGUGGCAGCAGAAAGAACUAAAGUGGAGAGUGUUGAACUGGUGCUACCCCCCCAUGCCAACCAUCAGGUGAACACGUUUGGAGGGCAGAUCAUGGCCUGGAUGGUGAAUGUGGCUACUAUUGCUGCCAGUCGUUUGUGUCAGGCCAUGCCCACGCUUCGGACCAUCGAUAUGUUCACCUUCAGAGGACCAUCUCAGGUUGGAGAUAGAAUCCUACUAAGGGCUAUUGUCAACAACGCCUUCAAGAACAGUAUGGAGGUUGGGGUACGAGCAGAGGCCUACGCAGGGGAGGGGCCUAACCGACACAUAAACUCCGCCUUCAUGACCUUUGAGGUGUUAGAUGAAUGUGGGACACCACGCACAUUACCACGGAUCCGACCUGAACCCCUGGAAGGCAGGAGGAGGUAUGAAGAGGCCAUAGCCAGGAAAAAGAUCAGAUUGGACAGAAAGUACAUCAUUUCCUGCAAGCAGACUGAGGUCCCUCGAUCUGUCCCCUGUGACCCCAGGAACCAGGUGUAUCUCAGCUACAACAAUGUUUCCGCUCUGAAGACGCUGGCUGCUAGAAACAACUGGCUCCUCAGCUCUGAGAAAGACAAGGUUCAUCUUUACACACUGGAGCAGAAAUCCACGCUGUGUUUCAGAGUGGAAGCAGAGGUUGACGUUCCUGCCCACAGAGCCUUCUGUCUGCUGGCUGAGCUUCGCAACAGAACGAACUGGGACAAGCAUUACAAGGACUGUGAGCUGAUUCGCCGGAUAGGUGACGAUGACUUCCUGUAUCGCGUGGUGGCACCAUCAGUGGAUCAUGGAGGGAACACAAGCCCGGUCUCAGCCAAUCAGAGAGGAGGGAUUCUCCAGGACUUCAUCCUACUGGCCUCCAGGAGGAAACCAUGUUGCAAGGGAGACCCGUACAUCAUUGCCCUGCGCUCAGUAUCCUUGCCUACCCACCCCCCCACUGAGGAAUAUAACAGAGGAGAGGUUAUGUGUGCUGGAUUUACCAUAUUGGAGACCGGGAACAACAUGUCGCUGAUCAGCUACUAUAACCAGGCAUCUCCCGAGGUUCUCCCCUACAUCUCCACAGACAUUGCAGGCCUGUCCUCGUCCUUCUACCACACCUUCUGCUCCUGUAGCCAAUACCUGGUCAAGAACAGAGAGGAGCCCGCCCCUGACGACGCAACUGACAGUCUGGCAUCCUCUGUCCAGGCCACUCACCUGUAGACUGUGGAGUCAAGAGCUCUUUUCAGGCCAGUUUACGUCAGUGAAGUGUAGGGUGUAGUUAUACUGCUGUUUUUACAACAAGGCACUAUGAACGCUGUCCCAUUUGUGAGAUACGGCGAGCAUGCAAACAAGCGUACGCAGACACAGGAACAACAGAGAAAAAAUACUGUCCUUAAUAGUAAAGGCAGCCAUUGAGGAUACACUUUCUUUUGGCUAAAAUCAAUUUGUUUCAGGGAAUCUUUUGUUACUUCUUAGACAUUCACUUUAGAGGAAAAAUUUGGUAUUAUUUCAUCCUCCUAUCCUCCACUCAUUGUUACUGACAGGGUGCGUAGUAACACAUUGCACGUGACAUAAACGAGUAAAUGAGAGGAACGAGUCCUCUUCAUACUGUUAAACAGCUUCUUUUUGAAUCACGGUGGGUUAUCUUAUCACACGGUUUGAAAACAGACUAAACUAAAAAUGGAACUAGUACUCAUGAGUCAAAGUAGUUUUUACUUGAGUAGUUUUCUUACAGGUGCAGUAACCUUUGCUCAUGUUCAAUGUACAUUUUUGGAUGAGUGACUGUACUCUUACUCAAGAGGAAUUAUUCUGUACUCUGCCCAUCCCUGAGUGAAAGGCUGAUUGAAAAAAAUAAUUUCCAACAGGAGCAACAGGGUUUUUUAGGAAACAAAGUCUUAUUUUGAGAAACAUUAGCACUAACAGUGUCUGUGGUGUGAGGCAGACUUUUGGCCAUCACCAUGAUCUCUCUUUUUUUUUUUUUUUUAACAUUCAUGUCAAAGUGUCACAGUUAACUUAACAACAGUCUACUGAUGAUUCAAAAUACUACACAUGCACCUUUAAUUCUCUGCUCUGCACCUUUAGCUACUAUGUUUACAGUGUAAGUCUUAAAAAUGUAUUGGUUUUUCCAAUGUCAUGGUACACUAUUAAACAAAAGGUAACUUCUACAGUUGUUUUAUGAAUGACAAGUGCUCAUCAUUAAAAUUUUACAUUUUGAAAAUUCUUAUUAUGUGGAGCUGAUAGUAAUAAGACUGUAACAUUCUCAGUGUUAUGCUGGAAAAGAGCAAAAUUAUAUUGCAGAGCCAGUCGCUUUUAUAAAAACUUUUUUUUUUUUUUUUUUUAGUUUUUUGUGUAUGUGUGAGUUUUUAACAAAUGUAAUAGGAAAUUGACUUUUAUGAGACAUUACUAUACAAUAAAAAUAUCCUUUUUGAGUAUCUUGAUUCUGUAUUGCUCACAUCUUAUUAGUCACCGUCUA